AUUGCCAGUUGAUGGAUGGUUUUAAUGGCAUGCAAAAUAGGAUUUCACGUGUGUUGCGAUCUGUUUUAAGAACUCUUAUAGCAAGGUUAUGUGGAAAUCACCAGAUCCAAGAAUGCGAUAUGUGGCGCUCAUCCGUCACAUGGUGAACUUAAAUUAAGUGCCUUCGACUUCUCUCAAAUGUUUUAUCUUGUUUUUGUGCCAUUUUACUCUCCUUAGUCUGGCCGUUUCCACAAUUUAUUGCUAAUUGAUAUGGGUGGUUCUCCUAUAGCAGAGAUUUAGUCCUGCUGAUUUUAUGAAUGGAGUUGUCUUGAUUCUAUUAAUUCUGGCAUUGCUAUAUGGACUGCAAUUGCAUACACAGGGCUCGCCAGACAGCAAUAAGUUAAUCAUGCACUGUUUUCUAAUCAUUAUUUGGAGCGGCUCAGCUUGUCAUUUUUUUUUUCUGGUUGUAUUAGUCCUGAUGCCUAAAUAUGGAAAAUACACAGGCAUAUUCAUCCUUUGUAAUCGAAGUACAUUGCUUUCACUUCCUGCACUGAUGCUUAAUAGAACCAUUGUAUAUUGCAUAAUGAUGUGCAUUUGUUUGUGAGUUGUGAUGUGCACGAGAGACAUAAAUCUUAAGAACGCAAACCUCCUAAGUAAAAUCUUCUUUUAGAAUGUAUAAUCGUACAUUUGACUGACCACCCCCUCAGUUGGAAAAAAAUCCAAAAAGGACAAAAAAUUUAAUGACCGGCUUUUUUUUGGAUAAUCUGCAUAUUCACCUUUUAUUGCUUAACACAUUAGGUUCCAGUCAUUAUAAUCAGUUAAUUUCUCUUUAGGAAGGUUUAAUGAAGUGUUGGGACUCUUUCCAUCUACCAAGAAAAAAUCCAACCAAAAACGACGAGGAAGAAAGAAAAAUGACAGGAAAACUGGGUUUCAUCUGUGCAUAUUCAUCUGUUUUUGCUUAUCACAUUACGUCCUAAUGAUAUGGCAACUCUUUUAUUAUUGCCCUUUGUUUUGUCUUUUUGUAUGUAAGUGUCAAGUCCGGCUGUAUUUAAGAACACUUUUGAGGAAACAGCGAUUUUUUUUUUUUUUGUGGUGCCUUUGGUGUUUUUUUUCUCUCUUAAAGAAACAGAUUUCCUAGGUCACAUUAGGGUUAAGAUGAGAGGAAACCACUCUAGAUAUGCAGAUACCAUCGACCACUUAUCUGGUAGUGAUGUGAAUGAAGGGUCAUUUUCAUCAUCAUCAAUUGAUAACAUCCCUCCUAAGCCAUUUCAAGCUGGUGCUAAUUCCAGAUCUUCAAAGCUGAAAUGCUGUCCUGCUUCGAUGGGUAGUGUUUCAAGUUUUCGGGGAAAAGAGGAUGUCAAAGCCAAACUCUGUUCGUUUGAGACUGCCAAACCUUUGAAACUCGAUGCAAAGUUGCUGUCCAUCUCCGAUAGUUAUCCAGAUAUUCAGUCGAAUCCCAUCAUGGAGAUGCAAAAAGAUAUGGAGGAUUUCCUGUUCAAAAUGCUUGAAGACGGAUUUCAGCUAGAUAGAGAUUUGAUUGGAGAAGUACUUGAUUGUCAUGCUUGUUAUCCUUUUAUAUAUUGGUCAUCAUGCAGUAAAUUCCGAGGGAUAUGUGGAUACGAUGUGAAAAAGAGCUUCGAGAAACUAAUUGAAUUUUCAGCCAUAGCUUCAAAGGAAAGGAGCAACUUGGAUGGAGAGUCCUCGAAGAAGGUUGGUCAAAUUCAUAGAGAUAUAUUCCCUCCAUCUGAAACGCUUUGGCAACAAAAAAUGUUCCGAGACACUAACUAUGCAGGAGGAGAAAGAAGUAGAUCUUCCCAACCUAAGUCUGCCGAACUGACUAGACAAGAAAUAGAGAAGCAGAAUCAAGAAAAGGAAAUUUUGGCCACACUAUUUUGUGCUUACAAGAUAAACGAUGAUGAACCUCCCCUCACAACUGGUAGGAGGAGGUCAUUUCUUGGUAAUACUAGGAGGAGAUCUAGGGCAUUUGGCAAUGUGGUGAUUCCGCCACCAGGAGAUUUAAGUCCUGAAGACAAGGUUCGAGGGACAGAUUCAGACCGUGAAAAUAAUGACCAUGACAUGGAAGAUGCAUAUGAAGUUCUCCGGAAGGCUGUAUUGGAGCAUCGUAGAAUUAUGAGGGAAUACUAUGGAGCAGCUGUUGAAGCUUAUGCCAAUGGAGAUCGGGCUUUGGCUGAAAGACUUUUGGAACAGGGACACUUCCACAAGGGCAAAGCUCGUGAAGCAGAUGAAGAAUCCAAUGAAAAGAUUUACGAGACAAGGGGCAGAAAUGCAGAUGCGGACGAUGAAUUUUUGCUUGACCUGCGUCAACAAGAUCCCCAGGAGGCAGUUAUUCUCCUGAAGAGUCAUCUGCUGUCGCUUCCCGGCAUCUACUCUUGCCUCAAAGUUGCAGUCAAAUCAUAUAGUGGUGUAGAUACUUUUAAAGGAGCUUGUAGACGAAGGAUCCUAAAGCUUCUAGAAAACGAAUCCAUCGAAUGGACUCAAGAAGGCACCACGGGAAACGUUUCGAUCGCGCUGGACAAAAUCCAGCGAGAACGCUUGAGUUUUUACAAGAAGAAACCAGGGAGUAAAUUUCCUUGCUGAGAAUUCUAGUCAUUCUUUGCUCACCUAUUUCUGGUCUGGACUCUGGAGUGCCAUUUGGACAUGCUGGACAUUAUAUUUUCAUUUGAGGUUGUUGUCUAAGUACUGGUGAACGUUGUCUUUUCUGAGAACUCACCUAUAUUAAGUGAGGACUUCAUGGAGGUUUAAUAAUCAUGGCUUGGAUAUGUCUGUCAAUCUUUUUCUACAGUACAGUGUGUUUCCACACUUUUCUUGAACUG